GGGCGGGGCUUCGCUGUGUCUCUGCGUGUGGAAGCUGUGAUAUAUGAUCGGGCUGUUUUCAGUCCUGAAAGCCUGCAGCCAGAGAGGACUGAGACUGUUCAGGGAGACUGUGGAGGGAACUGGACUGUGCAGAACCUCCCUUAGAAAACAGACAGGGCCGAUGACGAUCAGCUGUGACCUUUGACCCCUCACCUUCAGACUCACCUGCCCUGUCCACCUGAGAGGGGGGGCGGGGCCUGAGGAGCCGUCACCAUGGCAACCACCACCUCCCUGCUCAGCAGAGGUCUGGGUCUGGUUCUGGUGGAGUUCCAGUAUGAGUACCAGGGCCGGGAUGGCGCGCUGGUCUCCAUCAAACCCAACGAGCGCUACGUGCUGCUGGCCAAGAGCAACGACCAUUGGUGGCAGGUGCAGAGCGACCGCGGCUCGAAGCCCUUCUACAUCCCCGCCAAGUACGUCAAGGAGCUGCCGCCGGACGUCCCCUCGCCGCUGGACUUCCACCCGCCCAGUCCCAGUCCCGACCCGGUGCUGCUUCCUGCAGCUACGCCGGUCCCGGUCCCGGUCCCGGUCCCAGUCCCGGUCCCCGUUCCAAAGACUCUGGACCAAGUUUGCAGUAAUAAAGCGGUGCUGGAGGAGGCCAGAACCAAACCAGCAGACGAGGUUCUGAUCCGGCUCAGACCUGACGCUCCCAACAGAUACCGGAAGACCGAGAACCGCAUGUCCACGUUCGGGUUCCCGCCAGACAUCCACGAAGCCUCCUCCUUGACGGCGCCGCGACUACCCAGCAGCCUUCCUGCCGGGUCUGCAGAGAAACCAACACUGGGCAAAACUACAACGGGCAGCGGGACUACAAACAUGGCCGACAGCGCCGUCAACAAGAAGCUCUCCGUGUUCCUGGACGAACACAAAGACUCGGACAGACCCAGAGUUCCCGGGUUCAACCCUGCGGACCCUGUCGUCUCGGCGACGCGGCCCCACACUCCUCUCAUCGUUGUGGCGACGCCGUCUGUCCCCGUGGUUACCGCUGCACCCUCACCGUCCACGGCUCGCCGGGACACGCAGGAGUCACCGAUAGAGACGGAGGAAGAGGAGGAGGAGGAGGAGAAGGAGAAGGAGAAGGAGAAGGAGAAGGAGAAGGAGAGAGAAGGACACUCGCUGAAGGAGGAAGAAUCGAACCACAUCUACGAGUCGAUCCAGGACCUGAACCUGGACCUGGACGCUCUGAUUGGAGGACGGGAGAGUCCUGCAGCACCAACUCAACCCCCGGCACCGCCCCCAACACAGACUGGUCCUGAGGCAGCCCCGCUCUCGCCCGUCUACGCUAACGUCUCCUCUCUGAAGAAAGCGUCCCUCCCUCAGAUCUCCGUCUCUGGCGUCGUCUUCCCGCCAUCGCCGCCACCAGGCCCUGCCCCAUCACCACCAGGCUCCUCCUCCGGGAUGAUAAGGCCCGCCUCCCCACUCCGCCCACAGGAUGGCUGGCAGGUGCACACAGACCAGGACAGCGGGAAGGUGUUUUAUUUCCAUCCUGUGAGUAAACAGACCACGUGGUCCGACCCCCGCGGGUCCACCCCCCCGCCGUCUGCAGACAUGGACCGGUCCAGAGGGUGCUCCCCCUCCCCCUCCCCUCUGGUCUCCCCCGCCUCCUCGCAGGGUUCCUGUGUUUGGGAGCAGCUGGUGGACGAAGUCUCCGGGAGGUUUUAUUACUAUAACCCCGCUUCAGGAGCCACGUCCUGGGACGCUCCGGAGUCCCCCUCACCCCCAGGAUCCACCGCCAACAGGAAGCCCUCCGAAGGCCCGCCUCCACUGCCAGAGGAAGAUUAUCCUGUUAACCUCCACAAUGACAACGUCUUCACAACGAAUCCUCAGCAGCAGCCGAUGGCGGUGCCGCUGAUUCCCAGAGCCCACCUACAGGAGAUUCCGUCUCUGCCCCAGAGGCUGAUGGGAAACGGAGUUUCUGAGGAGGGAACGAUGGCGUCGGCCAGGAACUGGAGACACAGCGUGGCCGAAGACACGUUCACUCCGAGCCACCGGAGGAACGUCUCUGACUUCACCGACAUCUCCAACAAGAGACAAUCUCCAGACAGUCAACAGCUUCCUGACAGACCCGCCCUGAAGAGGAAUCUGUCCGACCGGACCGUCGGCUCCCGCCAGCCACAUUGCCAUCUGCUGGAGAAAGCAGGCAUCAUGAAUAAGACCAAAGUAGCUGAUAACGGCAAAAAGAUCAGGAAGAACUGGAGUCAGUCGUGGACCGUCCUGCACGGAGGGAUUCUCACCUUCCACAGAGACCCCAAAUCUGCCCCCCCCGGCACCGCUAAUAAAUCAUCUCAGAUAGUUCCAGAGUACACGGUGGAGCUGCGAGGAGCCUCGGUGGGCCGUGCCGCCAAGGACAAGUCCUCCAAGAAGAACGUCCUGGAGCUGAAGACACGUCACGGCUGCGAGUAUUUGAUGCAGUACGACACGGAGAGCAUCAUCACCGACUGGCUCAAAGUGAUGCAGGACACCAUCAGACAGCUGGAUCAGGGUAAUCUGACGGAGGACGAGGACGAAGCUGCUUCAGAUAAAGAGGACAAAGACAGGAAGAGGACUGCGAGCCGGACGUCAACAGGAACCGCCGACUCGGAGCAGACGCGAGUUCGGACCAAACUCCGGCGCUUCCUCCAGCGAAGGCCGACACUGCAAAGCGUCAAGGAGAAGGGCUACAUCAGAGACAACGUGUUUGGCUGUCACCUGGACACGCUCUGUCACAGAGAGAACGCCACCAUCCCCAAGUUCCUGGAGAAGUGUAUCCGAACGGUGGAGAGAAGAGGUCUGGACAUAGACGGGAUCUACAGAGUGAGUGGGAACCUGGCUGUGAUCCAGAAGCUGCGACACAGAGCGGAUCACGAGGAGCACCUGGACCUGGAGGACGGCCAGUGGGAGGAGAUCCAUGUGAUCACUGGAGCUCUGAAGCUCUUUCUGCGGGAGCUCCCCGAGCCGCUGUUCCCCUUCAGCUGCUUCGACAAGUUCAUCGCCGCCAUCCAAGUCCAGGACUACAGCCUGAGGGUGUCCUACAUGAAGGACCUUGUUCGCUCUCUGCCUCUGCCCAACCACGACACCAUGGAGCUGCUGUUCAAACACCUGCGCAGGGUGAUUGAGCACAAGGACUCUAACAGGAUGUCGGUUCAGAGCGUCGCCAUUGUGUUCGGCCCCACGUUGCUCCGCCCGCAAACUGAGUCGGCCAACAUGACAGUCCACAUGGUGUUCCAGAGCCAAAUAGUGGAGCUCAUGCUCAACGAGUACCACACCGUCUUUUCCCAGAGUUAAAGGAAACAGACCUUUUCUCCCAGGGGGAGAGGAACCUCUAGAACAUCCAGAACCUGCGACGGUUCUCCGCGAAGCCUCCCAACCAUCACAAGACCUGCCAAACAUCUUCCAGAGCGUCUGAGGAUACAUCUCUACUGCUACGUAUUGGUUUAAAAAGGAUGAUCUUCUGCUACGUUUCCCCUUCUCAUUCCCCCUGCUCUGCUGUUUCUCCCUCUCAUUCCCCCUGCUCUAGUGUUUCCCACUCUCAUUUCCCCUGCUCUGGUAUUUCCCCUUCUCAUUCCCCCUGCUCUGGCGUUUCCGAGCCCCUAAACCAGAGACAUUUGGAAACACCGACAGUGACGCCAACGUUUCUCCACUUACAAACUAAAACGUAGCAAUGUAAAUGUUGCCUGAACCUUCUCGAACUUUGGAUCUAAUCAUCACCUCCUCUUGAACCGAAGUUCACAGAGGAUUGAACCUGGAAUCUGCGGCUACAUGAUGCCUCUUUCUAACCACUGUGCCUUAAAUAACCCAAGAAGACCUUAAGAGGAACCACCUAGAACCCUGGAGUGGUUUGAACCCUUUGACAGCAGCGUUGCCCUUUUUUUCCACGGUAACAGACCAAAAUGGCACCUUAAAACCUCAAGAUAUCUCACUUUGAGCAAAACUCUCCCAACAAUGUCCAGAUCCUGCCUAGAACCCUGGACUGGUUUUUAACCCUAGCCUGCAGACUAUAUGAUGCCUUUCACUAGCCACUGUGCUCUGAAUAAUCCAGGUAGAAGUUGAGUGUAACUACAUCGAACCCUAGCCUCAUCCUGAAACUUAAACCAGCAGCUUCACUGCUCUUUCAACGCAACAGACAGAACAGAAACACGCUCACUUGGCACCUUAAAUAAACAUUUUCUCACUUUGAGAAAGAACUGUCCCAACAAGUUCAUCUACAACCUCGUAGAACUCCGGACCCAAACAUCAUCUCCGCCUUUCAUUGGAAAUAUGGUCUGUUGAACCUUGAAACUGUUGAGUACUUAAUGCUCCAACUACCAGACCCCCAGCCUUACAUCACCCUUUUACGCCAGGGCUACAUGGAAAACAUAACGGCGCAGGAUUGUGUGAGUCACAGGCGAGACGCUCAGCUUCUGCUUUGGGAUUGUUGUUUCUUCAGUUUUUGGAGCCGGUACGGCGGUGUGAAAUUGUUCAUUGAACAAUGUCAGCUGUUAUCAGAGGAGGCAGGUGACAGGAAACUGUCCCAACAAGUUUAUCUACAACCUGGUAGAACUCUGGACCCCAAACAUCACCUCUGCCUUUCUUUGGACAUCUAAAUGUAUGGGCUGUUGAACCUGGAACCUGUUGAGUAACAUAAUGCUCCCAUCUCCAGACCACCAGCAUUACAUCACACUUUUAAAUCCUGAAUGGGACCACCUACAACCCUGGACUGGUUCUCAGGUUCAGGUUACUUUAUUUGUACCCGUAGGUAAAUUUGUUGCUCAGUUAAGAAGUGCAGGGCAUCCAUGACACACAGUUUAGUUUAAGAUUAGGACAAAUAUGGUGGUUUGGAUUAAAACACUCCCAAGGAACAUGCAUUUCCUGGGUGCAAGUCUUGUGUGUUUCCCGGGAAGCGAACUCCGCUCCCAGCAUGCAACUCCUGUGUUUUAUGAUUAUGACCCACCCAAACAUCCCCCACAAACUCCUCCCCACGCAGUCCACAGCAUUCUUAUACAGCACCUUUAAUGUGGUGCAUACAGCAAAAGAAACGUGGAAUACAUACAAACUGCAGUGCUUACCUUGUCGUAGCUUCAUGUACGUACAUGGUUCAUGCGAUCACGCUGCUCUGGUGCAUCCAGUCAGCAGAUGGUGUCUUUGUAACUGCUGACCUCUGCUGCUCUUCAGGUGUUGUUGUCGGGAUGUUUGUUCAGUUAAUUAAGAUAUUGACGUGUUUAUGUACUUGUUCGUAGAGUCUCAGUAAGGACGUAAAAGCACAAAAAAGUCACUUUCUUAGUAGGGAUGCCUCAUUAUUAAAGAAGCCAUUAAUACGAUUAUUUGGGUCAAUAUUAAAACCAGGAUUAUUUAACAUGAUUACUGACUUUUGGAAAGAUGUUGCAUUUAUUGAAGUUAAAAACAGCGAAACAGUGAAACAAAUCAACAGUGAAAACACCUUCAACUGUAACAUUUCCCUUCAUACUUAAGAACACAAGACUAAAUAAGAGUUUAUUACAAAACAUAAUGUGCAAAAUAAUUGUUCUCGAUUAUUCUGUUUUGGUGAUCAUAAAUCGUAAUCAGGAUUACAAUUUGGAUUAAUUGCAGAGCUUCAUUUCUUAGUCAGUGUGUGCUGAUGCCAAGAUCAUCUUUUACUGUAGUUUGACAAACAAAACCUUGGUAUUAAACACAUCAGUCAUGUACAGCAUGAACUGUUGUUUUAAACAGAUGAAUAACACUAAAGGAGGAUGGAGAUUAGAGAAAGAUAAACACACCCUGUACAGAGAACAAGAGGAUAAAUUAAACUGUUACUUUAAAUCAAAAUAAGGGUUAAUAGAAAGUUGAGAGGACCCAGAAUGUUUCCCUGAGGGACUCCACAAGUUUUUAGACAAAAAACUACAGGAAAUGUUAAUUUUUAAGGGAUUCUAGGUUUUACAGGAACAUUUUUACUGCUGUUGCUGAGUUUUAGAAAUGAUAAUCUGCACAAUGCUGUAUAUUUUUAUAGGAUUGAGUUUCUGUAUUACAGAUAUAGAACAAAGUUAACACGGACGAUUAGCAGUUUAAACUCUGUACAUAAGAGUGUAUUUUACUGACCUUUAAUACAAAUAAAAACUGAUCU